AGCUUCCGGCGCGCGGUCCGUGAGGAGGGAGGCAUGGCGGCGCCCGCUGCGGUCCUGGGCCCCUCGGCCCUCGGCCAGAGCGGCCCCGGCUCGAUGGCGCCCUGGUGCUCAGUGAGCAGUGGCCCGUCUCGUUACGUGCUCGGGAUGCAGGAGCUCUUCCGAGGCCACAGCAAGACGCGCGAAUUCCCGGCGCACAGUGCUAAGGUGCACUCGGUCGCCUGGAGCUGCGAUGGCCGUCGCUUGGCCUCGGGGUCCUUCGACAAGACUGCCAGCGUGUUCUUGCUGGAGAAGGACCGGCUGGUCAAAGAAAACAACUACCGGGGCCACGGAGAUAGUGUGGACCAGCUUUGUUGGCACCCAAGCAACCCUGACCUCUUUGUCACCGCAUCUGGAGAUAAAACCAUUCGCAUCUGGGAUGUGAGGACUACAAAAUGCAUCGCCACUGUGAAUACGAAAGGGGAGAACAUUAACAUCUGUUGGAGUCCCGACGGGCAGACCAUCGCUGUGGGCAACAAGGACGACGUUGUGACUUUCAUUGACGCCAAGACACACCGCUCCAAAGCGGAGGAGCAGUUCAAGUUUGAGGUCAAUGAGAUCUCAUGGAACAACGACAACAACAUGUUCUUCCUGACCAACGGCAAUGGUUGCAUCAACAUCCUCAGCUACCCAGAAUUGAAGCCUGUGCAGUCCAUCAAUGCCCAUCCUUCUAACUGCAUCUGUAUCAAGUUUGACCCCAUGGGGAAAUACUUUGCCACAGGAAGUGCAGAUGCCUUGGUCAGCCUUUGGGACGUUGACGAGUUAGUGUGCGUGCGGUGCUUUUCCAGACUAGAUUGGCCUGUGAGGACCCUCAGUUUUAGCCACGAUGGGAAAAUGCUGGCAUCGGCUUCGGAGGACCAUUUCAUUGAUAUAGCUGAAGUCGAGACAGGAGACAAGCUAUGGGAGGUGCAGUGUGAGUCCCCGACUUUCACUGUGGCUUGGCACCCCAAGAGGCCUCUGCUGGCUUUUGCCUGUGAUGACAAAGAUGGCAAAUACGACAGCAGUCGGGAGGCUGGAACUGUGAAGCUGUUUGGACUUCCCAAUGACUCCUGAGAGGGCCGACAGCGAGAGGAGAGAGGAGGCAGGAGGCCGGGCGGACUAUUUGGGCUACCUAAUGACUGUACCUUUCAGGGAGAGGAGGCCUGGGCUUCCUAAUGACUCCUGAGAGGACCUGAUGGGAGAGGAGGCUGGGUGCAGACCUUCCUUUUGUAUAGUUCAAUGUAGUCUUUUGGACUUGUAGGCACCAUAAAUGUUUAUAAAUGUCAUAAAUGACCAAAAAAAAAAAAAAAAACCAAACCAAAAAACCAAAACCAAAACGGCCCAAAAAUCUUUGGUCAGGCUGAGUGUACCUUAACCCUCUCUGUGAUACUGGAGAACUGAGCUAGCUUUACUGUGGUGAGCAAGUGCCCCACAUUAGCUCCAGCCCCAGCCCCAGCCCCACCUCCUGGGUUUUGUGUUGGUGUAUUUGUGUUAGCAGUUCCCAUCCCUCCCCGCUGCUGACAGCUAGCUAAUGAGGAUUUUGCAAGUGCAGGUCAUGGUCUGUUUUGUUUUAGGGUUCUCUAGAGGAACAAAACUGGUAGACUAUCUGCCUAAGAACAGAACUGAUGUGGAACAUCUGUUUGUCUGUGUAUAUAUCUGUGUCUCCGUAUGGGAUUUUAUCAGAGUGGCUUAGAGGCUGUGGUCUGGAUAGUCAGUCCAGCUGUCUCCUGAUGGGAAGGCCAAGGAUCCAGUAGUUGUUCAGUUGUUCAGACUGGAUGUCUCAGCAGUGUUACUCUGGUGCUGGAGUCCCGAGGGAUCCCUGGAGAGCUGCUGAUCGUGGUCUGUGUUGGAAUCCUGAAGAAGUAGGUUCUGUGGUUAGCAGCAGAGGAGGCCCCGGCAGCAGGGUAGAUGAACCAGGCGGUGAGAGUGAGGGCAAGCAGGGGAAAAGCCAUAGCUUGCUUUUUCCCUGUCCUUUUAUAUAGGCUGCCACCAGCGUGUGUGUCCCAGAUUUAGGGUGGGUCUUCCCACCUCAAAGGAUCAAGGAAAAUCUCUCACAGGUGUGCCCUGCUGGUUGGGUUUCAGUGUUUCCAGAUGCCACAGUCAAAGUUGACAGCCAAGAUAGCCCAUCACUUGAGUAGCAUAGCAUGCCCUCUCCUGCUGGGAGGGCCCUGUUUUCUGGAUUUGACCAUGGCAGAGUUUGUUGGACAUCUGCUUAGGCGGUACUGGUUUAAAGGGAGGGUAGCAGCAUAGGGAUGGGAUUUUUGAAAAGCAAUUUUGAGAACAGAGCAUUCAAUAAAACUGGCUUUCAUUA